AUGAGAGGCCAGCGCUACCUCCUAACGGAAGCCGAUGUGGAACGAGCCGAAGAAAGCCCCCAGCCAAAGAACGAGCCGCAGACCUUGCGGCCUCACUCGCAGACCUUGCGCCGAUGCCUCUGUUGUUUCACCUUGGUUCUGGUCAGUAUCUUUCAGGCGUUGGCCUUGGACGGCCUGGACUCCCAGAUCCUCAACGUCUACUGGCGCUCCGGCUCCGGAGCCAAAGCCGGUGGGCCGGCGGCGUCACCGGCGUUGAGUCCGAGCCCGAGCGCCACGGUCAGCGCCACGAUCAGCCCAAGUGCUGGCGACUUCGGUGUUCUGUAUGUGAUGCUCACCCACAAGAAGAACUACGCCACGAAGGUGGCCGGCGCUAUGAGCACCUGGGUGCGAGACGUCCUGAGCUCUGAGCAUGAUGCCCUACUGGCCGUCGGGGACAAAGAGUCCAAGAAUCCGCCGGUGAUUUCUGCGAGCCCUCCAUGUGGGAACGAUCACAACGACCAACUGGUUUGUAAAGCUGGGAUCGCUCUCCAGCGGGCCUAUGAGACUCGUGGGAACUUCUCGUGGCUGUUCAUGGUGGAUGACGACUUCUAUUUGAGUGUGCGGCAUGUGCACAACGUGUUGUCGGGAUUUGAUGCGUCCAAGCUGAUUUCUGUGGGUAUUCCGGGGUGUGGUAUGCACUUCUGCAACAAGCAGGGUGGCUACUGUGGGGGCGGCGGCUUUGCUAUGACUUGGGCAGCAUUGGAAAGUUUGAUGCAGCCAAACAUGAGCGAAUUUCAGAGGGAUUUGAUGGCCAAUAUUGCCAGAGAGAAGAACGGACAGUCUUGGGCAGAUAUUUCUGUGAGCUGUACGCUUCGAAGACAUGGUGUUUCUCUUUUGCCCAUCAAAGGGCUUUAUGGUUGGCGCAUUGAUGGGAAGCGUCAGAAAGGCUUGCUGAAUGAGGGCUACCUGAACGCGAUUCGAGCACGUGAGCCCCUGCCCCUCACCUUCCACUACAUCAACGCUGAUGAGAUGCGUGCCAUUCACCAGGAAUUUCAAGCGCUGAAGAAUUCCAGCAAUCAAGGCAGACGAAUGAGUCAGUCUGACUGUCAAUCACUUGAAUACGAUGCCGAAUUAUCCCGUUUCCUUGCCAAAGAAAAUGCACGGAGGCGGUCACUGGAUGAACCCUGA